AUGGAUCUGUCGCAACGGGCGCUCCCGCGUCACACUCACCACCAGCCGCCGCCGCCGCCGCUUGCAAACCCAUCGCCUUCUCAUCUUCCAGCGCAACAUUCUAACUAUAGUCCUGGCACUGUCGCUUCACACCCGACUCUUCCUUUACCAGGCACACACCCGCCGCUCUCAGCACUGACGCCAGCUUCGGCCUCAACAUCUCCAGCCUCGGUCUCUCAUCGGCUGCCUUCCGCGUCAGCUUCAAAUACCUCAAGACACCCUGCUGGCGACUAUCACCCUGAUGCAGAGGACCAUGACGCGUCAGUGACACCCGUUGAUGGUGAGGAGCCUCCAAAGAAGAAGCAAAAGCGCAACAAGCCAACUCUAUCAUGCCAUGAAUGCGUCGAGCGCAAGACCAAGGGGCCGACCUCACUGCCUUGCUUGGAGACCACACGGUCCGCAGCCAAUGGCCGGCGAAUGACGAAACCACCCAAGAAGAAGUCUGGAUCAAGCGGAAAGUCCCCUAUCCCAAAUAUUGCCGAUAGGGGCAUGUCCAACGAUCCCAGAGCAACCUCCCGGGGCGCCGUUGCGCUCUCCAUCGGCCUCCUAUCUAAUGUUCCAUACUCUCUACCCUCUGCGAGUAACAUCUUUGGCAUUGGCUCUGAGCACCCCUUUGCCAACUACUGGACUUGCGAAGGCGGCCUGUCGGAGGUAAUUUCAGUCCUUCCUGACAAGAUACAGGCCGAUAUACUACUCAGCCGCUACUUUGAGUGUGUUGACCCAGUGUAUCCCAUGAUACAUCGCCAAACAUUCUACGCAGAUUACGAGCACUUCUGGCAGAUGAGUCAACAAGAUAAGAGCGACACAGAUCCUUCUUUCAUAGCAUUGAUAUUCGUCAUGCUGGCACUGGGCACACAAUUUGUGACGUCGACAACAUCAUCCCAAGAGCGCAAGCAGACAGCCGAGUUCUAUGCUUCGGCAAGCAACCAGGCUCUGCGCAUCGCUUCAUAUCUCAGCAGCGCAUCACUGCGAUCUAUUCAGGCCAUGGUCUUGAUAGUGUACUUUCUUAUCAACGACAACCAUGCUUCGGAUGGAUGGGCCUUUGCCGGCGUUCUGAUCCGACAGGCUUAUGCAAUGGGUCUGCAUAGGGAUCCAAAUAUCGUAACACCGCAUGCCACCUUGUUCGAAAAGCAGCAGCGCAGAAAGCUUUGGCAAGCAGUACUGCUCCAAGAUACGUUUCUAACCGUCUUGCUCUCCCUGCCACCCUCGGCUACACAUACGGAUGUUUCUGUCGAAGACCUGCUGGAUGAUGGUUCGUCGAUUGCAAAUAGCGAUCCUACGGAUACAGCAUAUAUCAGGGGCUCCUGGACUUUGGCAAAUCUCGUGCAAGAGACGAUCUGCUCACCACGAUCACUGGAUCUGCCUAUUUGCUCAACAGCAAGGCAUAAGUCGAAGCUAAUCGCCGACUUCCGAGCAGUCUAUCGAUCUUUCCCUGAUGUUUUCCGUUCAUGGGACCCCGAUAGCAUCACAGCACUUGCUAAAACAAAUAAAAGGGUAGUCCGUCAGACUCUGUUCCUGACGAGCAACUACUUCCACAACCUGAUGCUGGUUCACGCUUCCGAGAGUCCUGAUGUUCCUGUCAACGUUCGUGGAACAUUAGAGGCGGCGCACGAUGCCAUUACUGCCUUCUUUCUUCUUUUCACUCUACUCGAAAUAGAAGCACGUGUCUGGUGGGUUUUCAACCAUCGGGCUUUCCUAGAAGCCCUGUGCAUUGGCAAUGUCCUCAAGGAAGCGACACGUGAGCCAGGUGGCGCAGAUAUGAUGGCAAGGGAUCCUUUGCUUGUGAGAGCCAAGUCUGAUAUCACACGCAUGAUUCAGAUCAUGCAGAUCAUGGGCAAAGAUUCCGAAGUAGCCAGAACACGAGUUCAAGUGCUGAGCGACUUCCUGACCUAGAGUAGAGGGGCAAGGGAGCAUGCUAUACCUUUUGUACAAACACUUUAAGUAAUGAUUGAACGAGAUGGGUGCUGCAGUCCCAGAAAAGUUUUGGUGUUGUAUAUCGGUGGGUAUUCAGCAUGGCGAAUGGCAAGCAGAUAUAGCUGGUCGUAUCGCUCGAUAUCUAAGCUGCGAAUGCCAUUUAGGAGCAGAUAUAUAGAGUUGAGUAUAUAUAAUUGA